ACGUUACAGUCAUGUGAGAUGAUGGAAGUCAGAGAUUCCUGCGACCCUGUCCAAUUAACUGGUGCGUACGGAGACGAAAGCGCCCCGCCCACUUCUGCCGCGAGCUUGCUGGCUGCAGGUAUCAUGGAAGAACUAGCUGAAGAUGACAUUGAUAUCCUGAACCAUGAAAAAGCAGACACUCAUCAGAGACAAGAUGGACAAUUUCCUAUUCCAGUGUCUUCAGGAGAAGAAUCAGUUGCUUCACAUUUUGCCCUUGUCACUGCUUAUGAAGAUAUUAAAAAGCGCCUGAAAGAGACAGAAAGAGAAAAUUCUUUCUUAAAGAAAAGAGUAAGAUUGUUAGAAGAAAAGCUUCUUGAAUCCCAUUUGGAAGAAGCAACAAGUUCUGUGGGUCGUGAGCAAGUUAACAAAGCUUAUCAAGCAUAUCGGGAAUCUUGUAUUGAACGAGAUAAUCUGAAAAGUCAACUGGAUAAAACGAUGAAAGAGAACAUGGAAUAUGUGAAAAUCUUGAAUGAGCAGUUGCAGUCUAAAGAAGUAGAACUCUUACAGCUAAGAACAGAAGUGGAAACUCAACAAGUGAUGAAGAGUUUCAAUUCUAACCCAUCUAACUGGGAAAUAGACAAACUGAACAGUGAGCUGAAGUUGCACAAUUUGGAGCUGGAUUUGGAGAAACUGAGGGAAGAAUGCAAUCAUCUUAGGAAGGAAUUGCAAAAAUCUGUUGAAUCCCAAGGAAGUUUAAUUAAUGGAGAGCUUAUCCAACAGCAAAAUAUCCAUAGUGAACGCAUUCAGCAGGUAUACAGGGAACUGAAGAGGGAGAUGUCUAAUUUGCAUCUGGUGACUAAAGUGCAAGCUGAGAUGCUGAAGAAACUGAAAUUGGUUCCAUCUACAACUAAGAAAGUGCCAUCCUAUACCUCUGUUCAGCGUAUUGAAGAUCUUGAAAGGGAUGCUACCAACCUCCACUUAGGUGCUUCUGGAGCAAUAUGCAGAAAUAGAUUACUUCAAACAAGUGGUGAUGUUUUUGGUAAUCUUGCAUCAUCCUCACCAUGUAUUAAUGAGAAAUUUAGUUCUGCAUGUGACUCUCCAUUUCUGGAACAUAACUCCUAUGGAAAAAAUUCUCUGGAAGAUAAUUCUUGGGUAUUUCCAAGCCCUCCAAAACCUAGUGAAACAGUAUUUUGGGAAAUGAAAAACAGAGUGACUCACUUAAACUUUCCAGGAAAUAACUUAGAUCAAUAUAACCAAAAUUGCUUGCAUAAGAGCUAAGAACAGAAGGAGGAACUUGAAAGUAGUCCUGAACAAGGUCUUGAACUUGUUAGUAGAAAAUAAGAAUGGAGAGGAAUAUAAUAAACUUUCAGGCUGCAUGAGAUUUUCCCUGUUAUCUAAACUUGAAAAACAGUGAAUUCAAAGAAAUAUGGUGAAUGAAUCUGUUAUAUUCUCAAUUUUCUGAUUGCACAUUGGCAGAUUUCUAAAAUAUUAAAUUGUGGAAUAAAACAAAAACAUCAUGUGGUAUGAAUAAUAUUGGUCCAAAGUAUGUUACAUUCAAACAUUUUGACAAGCUAUGAGAAGGAUUUAGUUUUUGGACAAGUUUUGAUUUAAGCUCGGGUAAUAAUAUAUUCAAUUCUGAAUAUAUUCAAUUCCCUGGCUUUUUAUUAAUGUAUGAUAUGCUGAAAAGGAGUAAAUAA